AUGCAGAAUGGGGGUGGCUCCUACUGGCGCCCAAGAGGAAGCCCGCAUAAUAACCGCCUAGGAAGACGCCCCUGGAGCGAAGCCCCCGGCGCGCAAAGUCAACACUGGACCGGCAACAACCUUUGGAGGAACCACCACACGAGGGGUUACCAACGUGAGCAACCCGCGCAGGGAGCACUAGCACCAGAUGGGAAUUAUUUGGAAAAUUACUUUUCCUCCUACGGGAAUGGUUACGCGGAGGAGGGCAUCGGAGGUGGAAGCGGCAGCGGCAGUUGCGGAUAUCACUACGGUGGUGCCCCCGAGCAGGCUCCCGAAAGGGAGAGCGCCCGUCUGUAUAAUGUCGGGAGGGGGUUUAGCAACAUGGGGGGUACUCCCCAUACCGUUCGUAGCAGUGGCCCUAGGAGGGCAACACUUCCUCGGCCACCCCCCGCCUAUGCGCAACCGAGGGCGCUGUACCACAAUGGGUUCCCCCAAAUGGGCAGCACCAGUGACGAUAACCAAGAUAUGGAGGACCCCUACCAGGGAAGCACCAACGUGGCGGAAAAUGAGAACAGAACAGACGGUAGCCACUGGGUGAGUCACACGAUGGAUAACUCCUACGAGGGUAGAAAUGUCCCUCAUGGGGAAAUGCCACUGAUGAGAGGUUCUUAUAACUUCCGCAAAGGCAACAACGGGGUGGGGUUCCCCUCGACGAACUCGUUUGUAGCCCCACCGCACAGCAACAGCGCAGGGAGGGGGGCCUCCCACUGGAAAAAAUCGACGGGAGAGCUAUACGGACAGGGUCACUCCUCAUUUAAGCAUCGCGGUGGGAAGAAAAGACAAAAAAUGGAUCCUCCAUUUAAGGGUGAGUCCGAAGGUGUGGAAACGAAUCCGAAGAAGAGAAGCAAAACGGAUGGUGGUGAUGAUGACGACGAUGAUGAUGGCGAUGAUGAUGGUGAUGAUGACGACGAUGAUGAUGGCGAUGAUGAUGGUGAUGAUGACGACGAUGAUGAUGGCGAUGAUGAUGGUGAUGAAGUUGCCCCCGAGGGGACAAACGCCCACAUGAAGAGAAGCAAACAAAACGGCAAGUUCAUUUUUUGCCACCACUGCGAUGUAAACGUCGAAGCGGAGAAGCUGGAGGAGCACAACCAAAGUGAGCACAUAAAGUGCCCCAUAGAUAACUGCGGGCAAAUUUACAACAUCGACGAUUUGGACGUCCACCUGCUAAACCAUAUUAAGAAUGACAAAGAUGAAGUGAUCCUGAGCGACUCCAAAGAAAUUGAAAAGUGGAUUCAGGAGAGGAAAAAAAACUACCCAACGAGGGAAAAAAUAGCUGACAGCUUAAAAAAUAAUGAAAAUGGGAAAAAAAAAAAAAAAAAAAAACCAAACUGCCUAAUUGAGGAAUUACUAUUUGAGAGCUACUGCUCAGCUGUGGGGAGAAAUAUAUACUUCAAGAGCAAGUGGGAGAAAUCCAUUUUCAUUCCCCUCUUAACCAAAAUGGAACAAAAUAACUUUCACAAUAUAUAUGAAAAGAGUUACUACCCACUCUUUAACAACUCCAUGGGGAAGUUUUUCCCGACGAAGCAGCAGAGGAGACCAUUUAAAGAGAGGCAAGGUAUCGACUCGCUCAACAUCCACAGGAAGCCUCCCUUGCUGUACCAGCUGAUGAAAAAGGAAAUUUACCUGUACGAGAAGAGGCUGAUUAAGUGCAUCGAGUUCAUCACGCGCAGCGGCUUCUUCGACGACUCCGAGGGGGGUGCCGCCGGCACGGACAUCCUCGAGCUGGGGUAG